AUGACAGAAAAUACGUCUAUAAGAAGAAGAUAUGAAAAGAGUUUUACAGAACGUCCAGGUUUUACUGAAGAUGAAAUUGAAGAAAUAAGAGAAGCUUUUAAUUUAUUGGAUACUGAUGGAACUGGAACAAUUGACCCAAAAGAAAUAAAAUGUGCUAUGCAAAGUUUAGGAUUGGAUGUAAAAAAUCCUAUGAUAUUUAGAAUGAUAGCAGAUUUGGAAAAAGACGGUUAUUCGUCAAUUGAUUUUGAAGAGUUUAUGGAAGUCAUAACUUCCAAAUUGGGAAAUAAAGAUACAAGGGAAGGAAUUCAAAGAAUAUUUAACCUUUUUGAUGAUGAUAAGACAGGAUCGAUUUCUUUAAAAAAUUUAAAAAGAGUUGCAAAAGAAUUAGGAGAAACAUUAACUGAUGAAGAAUUAAGAGAUAUGAUUGAUCGUGCUGAUUCAAAAGGUGAAGGAGAAAUUUCUUUUGAAGAUUUUUACACAAUAAUGACAAAAAAAAGUUUUUUAUAA